AUGUAUGGACGCUAUACUCAGGAGCUGGGCUCAUAUGCUAAAGAGGAGGCGGCCAGACUGAGAGAUGGAGGAAUCAGACGCUCCCUGUCUGAACGCAGCCGGACCCCCGAACUACUGGAAUUCGAGAAAGGGCGCUGUGCCAAGUGUCGAAUCUGUACAGUGCACUGUCAGAAGUUCCUGAUCUCACGGGUCGGGGAGGACUGGAUCUUCCUCAUUCUGCUGGGACUGGUCAUGGCACUGGUCAGCUGGGUGGUUGACUUCUGUAUCGCCAUCUGUCUGCAGGCUCAGAAGUGGAUGUAUGGUGGUCUGGAAAGUAAUGUCUUCCUGCAGUAUCUGGCCUGGGUCACUUACCCCGUGGUCCUCAUCAGCUUCUCAGCAGGUUUCACACACAUAGUGGCUCCACAGGCUGCAGGGUCGGGUAUUCCUGAGAUGAAGACUAUUCUGCGGGGUGUGGUGCUGAAAGAAUACCUCACUUUGAAAACCUUUGUAGCCAAAGUCAUAGGUCUGACGUGUGCCUUGGGCAGUGGAUUACCUCUGGGGAAGGAGGGUCCGUUUGUGCACAUCGCCAGUCUGUGUGCUGCACUGCUCAGCAAGUUUAUGUCACUGUUCGGUGGGAUUUAUGAGAACGAGUCACGGAACAUUGAAAUGUUGGCUGCGGCCUGUGCUGUGGGUGUAGGCUGCUGCUUCGCUGCCCCCAUUGGAGGUGUGUUGUUCAGUAUUGAGGUAACGUCGACCUUCUUUGCGGUGAGGAACUAUUGGAGAGGGUUCUUCGCUGCCACCUUCAGUGCCUUCAUUUUCAGAGUCCUGGCUGUGUGGAACAGAGAUGAGGAGACAAUCACGGCUCUAUUUAAGACUCGUUUCCGGUUGGAUUUUCCCUUUGACCUGCAGGAGCUGCCUGCCUUCGCUGUAGUUGGCAUAGCGAGUGGUUUCGGUGGAGCACUGUUUGUGUAUCUGAACAGACUGAUUGUUCAGUUCAUGAGGAAGCAGAAAACCAUCAACAAGUUCCUCAUGAAGAAGCGGCUGCUGUAUCCUGCCUUGGUGACACUGCUGGUUUUCACUCUCACCUUUCCCCCAGGCUUUGGACAGUUCAUGGCAGGCACGCUGACACAGAAGGAAUCUCUGGUUGCGUUGUUUGACAACCGCACGUGGGCCAGGCAGGGCACCAGUGAGGAGUUUGACUACAUGGGACUCCAGAAGGCCUGGAAACACCCACAACUCAACAUCUUCGUCACCCUCGUCAUCUUCAUCAUUAUGAAGUUCUGGAUGACUGCACUGGCCACCACUAUUCCCGUGCCCUGUGGAGCUUUCACACCUGUCUUUGUCAUUGGUGCGGCAUUUGGCCGUUUGGUAGGAGAGAGUAUGGCUGCCUGGUUCCCAGAUGGUAUUCAUUCAGAUGGCGCCAUUUACCCUAUAGUACCAGGAGGAUACGCUGUCGUGGGUGCGGCAGCCCUGUCCGGUGCAGUGACACACACCGUGUCGACGGCGGUGAUCGUGUUUGAGUUGACUGGACAGAUCUCUCACAUUCUGCCCAUAAUGAUAGCAGUCAUCUUGGCCAACGCCGUGGCCCAGAGUCUACAGCCCUCCAUCUACGACUCCAUCAUCCGCAUCAAAAAACUACCCUACCUGCCUGAGCUGGGCUGGGGACACCCCGAAAAGUAUAAUAUCCGUGUGGAGGAUAUCAUGGUCAGAGACGUGAGGUUCAUCACUCUGAACUGUACAUACAGAGACUUACAUGACAUCCUACUGAUCGGUCACCUCAAAACCCUGGCUCUGGUGGAGUCUGCAGAGUCCAUGAUUCUGCUGGGCUCUAUUGAGCGUUCCCAGUUGCAGGCCCUGCUGUCGGACCAGCUGAGUCGUCAGCGGCGGUUGGACUACCUCCGUGAGCGCGCUCAGUCCGAACGCAAACGCAUGUCAGUGGUCAGCACACCCAGCAGCGAGGACGGAAGUCAAAAGGUCAACCAUGAGGUUCGGUUCCAGAUUUCCACAGAAGAGUCUUCAUUCAGUCCCACUCGUUCAGUCUCUCCAAAACCCCUCAAACCAGCUCUAAAGAGACCCUCUGUAGUGGAGAGGCCCACUGAGAUCCCUACAGGGCCUCAUGACUCUGGCAUCGGCCUAAAGAAUCUCUUCUGUGCUCACCCUGACACUGAGGCUAUGGAGAGUUCAGAGGUCUUUGAGCUCAGGAAACCCAAACGCGUGAGGAUAUCGGUCGUGGAUGACCCAGACAUAGAGGACGAUAUGACCAUUAGAGAGAUUGCAGAGUGGGAGGAGCAACAGCUUGAUGAGAUUGUGAAUUUCAACAAUUGUAAGAUUGACCCCGCCCCCUUCCAGCUUGUGGAGAGAACUUCACUGCACAAGACUCAUACUAUCUUCUCCCUGCUGGGUCUGGACCACGCCUACGUCACCAGCAUUGGUCGGCUGAUUGGGGUGGUGUCCCUGAGAGAGCUACGGAAGGCCAUUGAAGGUUCAGUCACGGUGAAGGGUGUUAAAGUGCGCCCCCCACUGGCCAGUUUCAGGGACAGCGGCACCAGCAGCAGUGAGACCGAGGCCACAGAACUGCACAAACUGUGGGACAGACACAGUACCCAGAGUCUGCCCCGAGACAGCACCACCUCCGACUCCGACGAAAAGUCUCAGUGAGGGAGGG